UUGAGAAAGGAAAAGCGCGAGAAGAGUGCCGCGAUUACACACGUAGAGGAGAUCCCUAGUGCCGACGACGUGUUCGUACAGCUGAGAGUCAACGCUCGCACGCCUCUUGCCUCUUUCAUAAGGAAGAGAGUGUAUAUUAGUUCUCCGCGUUUCAAAUUGGACGAGGUUACUACGUUAAUUGUAAAUGGGAAUAAUGAAGCGAGAAGCAGACGCUACAUCUGGGGGUCCAACCAACCCAAGCAAGCGCUACAGACAGGGGGAAGAUGAACUAAGACUCCUUAUCCCCAGCAGAGUCGCUGGAUCGAUAAUCGGCAGAGGUGGCCAAAACAUCGCCAAACUCCGCAGUCAGUACAAAGCCUCAAUCACUGUACCCGAUUGUUACGGACCCGAACGGAUCCUGACCAUCAGCUCGGAUCUAGAUACUGUACUCACUGUCCUGGGUGACAUAGUGCCUCAAUUAGAAGAGAGCGGCUUGAAAAACGGAGAAGAUAAUGAAAUCGAUCUGCGCAUGUUGGUUCAUCAGAGUCAGGCAGGCUGUGUUAUCGGUAAAGGAGGUCUUAAAAUCAAAGAAUUGCGUUCGAAAACCGGCGCCAGAAUCAAAAUUUAUUCAAACUGCUGCCCGCAUAGUACCGAUCGAAUCAUCAGCGUUUGUGAUAAAUCGGAGACUGUCUUGGAUUGCAUCCGCGAGCUUGUUACUUCCAUCAAAACCUCACCGCUGAAAGGAGUUAACAAUCCAUAUGACCCACGUAAUUAUGACGAAUUUUACGCCGAAGAAUAUGGCGGCUAUGGUGAGAACGGACAAGCGGGUGUCGGUGCUGGGAGCGGCGGUGGCAAACCCGGAGGCUUCGGUGGACCCGGAGGCCGUGGAGGCAACGUCGGUGGUGGUGGUGGCGGUGGAGGCAUGCAACGCGGCCGAGAUAAUCGAGGCGGUGGACCAGACAUGAACCGUGGUGGAUUCCCGACAAUGAGUGGUGGCCGCGGAGGCGGUGGAGGUGGGCGCGGUGGAAUGUCUGGCCCCGAUCGCGGCUUCGGCGGCGGUAACGCGCGAGGUGGUGCUGGUGGAGGCGGUACUGGCAACUUUGGCGGAGAUCGUGGUGGUAACGGCGGCGGCGGUGGUGGCGGCGUUGGUGGCGGUGGUGGCGGCGGUGGCGGUGGCGGCUUCAACGGCAACCGUGGCGGUCCGCCUUUCUCGGGCGGCGGCGGCGGUGGUGGUGGCAGCGGCGGCGGCGGUAGCGGAAGUGGUGGCGCAGGUGGAAACUAUAAUGUUGAUACAGAGGGCGGUGUCACCCCAGAGCCCAGCAAUCGAGCUGAACUGAUUGAAUGGUUUAUAGGUAACGGAUGGGGUGGCAGCAUGCAAGGCGGCAGCAAUGUGGCGAACGGUCUGGGGGGUGGCAGUGGAAACGCCGGCCUGGGCAAUACGCCCAUGGGCGGUGGAAACAACGCCACUAAUCAGGGAACUGGCGUCGGUGGAAACAUAACGAGUACCCAAGUUACCAUCCCCAAAGAUCUUGCUGGAGCCAUUAUAGGAAAAGGGGGGGCACGGAUUCGCAAAAUCAGAUCGGACAGCGGGGCUGGUAUAACUAUAGACUUGCCUCUACCUGGUAGCAAUGACCGCAUUAUCACCAUCACCGGUAUGCCCAAUCAGAUACAAAUGGCUCAGUUCCUUUUACAACAAAGUGUACACGAAAAUGCUGAAAUUCCUUACUAAUUAUCACAGAAGCGAAUAAAAAGGGGGAGCCAAAGAUGCGUUUGCAAUUUUUUUAAUUUUUUUUUUUAAGGAAACUAUACCUUGGAUUAACAAGCGCUAAUAAAACUAAAGAAAGUGGAUCAACAACAAAAAUAUUCACACUGAAUAACCAAUUCGAAGUGGAUACAGACAUUGUGACGCAUAUGUAAUGUGGAUGGCAUCGUAUGAAUCGUCCUUAGAAAAAAAUAAUAAUAAUGGAAAAAGGGAACAUAUUUUUUCAAUAAUUGAAAAUUACACGCAUCAUUAGGUUUAGAUAUUUAAGGCGAUCGGCGAUCUAUCCCCUUCUCCUUCAUUUUUUAUUUUUUCAAAUCGUUCGAUGCAACGAAUGGUUUCAAAACAUUGUUUAGGUAACGUAAGUCUCGUCUACCUAUUCGGAUAACUAAUUGAUAUAACUUUACUCUUUUAAUUUUAAUAUAUUUUUCGUAUAUAAGUGUUACUAAUGAAUAACAAAUAAAAACUUCCAGUGUUAAGUAUCAACCUUUUUAUAUGUGACAAGUAAGCGUCCAUGUAUGAAUAAUCAAUAUUAACUAUAGAAAAGAAAUUUUGUAAAUUAUGGUUC